AUGACGAGGUGGUCAUCAACUGCCGCUGCUGCCCUCCCCCAGCCAGACCCAAAUUCGUCCACACCGACCCCAAGCCGUUCUAAAUGGCGAGGUUUACCUCUGGAAGGUUUCGAUUACGACUCCAUUCUUGGACAGUGCUGCGAGUCGCCGGUCGGAGACGAAGUAAUCUUUAUAGAGUUUAAGAAGCUCGAGUUUGUGGGUGGGUUGAAGAACUGUGAAUUUUUGGAGAAAGUCAAGUCCAGCUUGGUUCUCAGUUUGCACUCAAUUUAUACAUUCUUUUCCAUGAGUUGGUGGGUCGACCGGCUUCCUUGUUGUACGGAGAGGAAAAAGUGAGGGUAUUUUAUGCUGUUAGGAUCUUUCUUGGUCUCAUCUAUGUUAUUACUGAAACCAUUCUGGUUUAUGCUCUGUCAAGAAAGUAUGGAAAAUGUCUUGCCUCGUAUACUUGCCAUGCUAUGCUUAACCAGCGGUUGUUUCUUUGC